UCUCUCUCUCUCUCUCUCUGGUAGGGCUACUGCACCAGAAGAUGAGCAACAGAGAGGAAGCCAUGGUGGAUGACGAGAGGAGGAAGCAGAAGCCAUGGUUGAUAAGACGAGGAUGGUCGAGUGGCCAGAUUAAGAGCUUCGCUGCGCUCUCCAGUAGCCUCCUUCCGGCCUUCGGAGCUGGCGUUGAUGGAAACUACCCUGACAUCAAGAAAUAUAUCAUUGCACCGUAUGAUCCCCGUUACAGGUGGUGGCAGAUGUUUCUGAUCGUGCUGGUGUUCUACUCAGCAUGGGCGUCGCCGUUGGAGCUGGCGUUUCCACAGGUGAGCUCGGGCUCGCUCCUCGUCGUCGACCUCGUUGUCGACGUGUUCUUCGGCGUCGACAUCGUCGUCUCCUUCUCCGUCGCCUACUUCAACAGCUCCACGUACCUCCUCGUAGACGACCGGAGAAAGAUAGCAAAGAGAUACUUGACACGGCCAUGGUUUGUGAUGGACGUGGCAUCUACCAUCCCCUUCCAUAUCAUAUACCGAAUCAUCACCGGUAGAGGGAACGGUGGGUCGGUCUUUGGAGUCGUGAAUCUGCUCCGGCUGUGGCGGCUCCGACGGGCAAGCAAGCUGUUCGCAAGGCUGGAGAAGGACAUUCGAUUCAGCUACUUCUGGACAAGAUACGUGAAGCUCAUCUGCGUGACACUGUUCGCGGUGCACUCAUCGGCUUGCGUGUAUUACUGGAUGGCCAUCCACUACCGGGUGAAGGAGAAGACAUGGAUCGGCAGCCUGAUUCCGGAUUUCCAAGAGCGAAGCAUAUGGCUGGGCUACACCUACGCCAUUUACUGGUCCAUCACCACCCUCACCACCGUCGGCUACGGCGACUUGCACGCCUGGAACACCGGCGAGAAGGUGUUCACCAUCUUCCUCAUGCUCUUCAACAUCGGCCUCACUGCCUACCUCAUCGGCAACAUGACCAACCUCAUCGUCCACGCCGCCACCCGCACCUUCCUCAUGAGGGACACCAUUCAUCGAGUUUCGCGGUUCGCGAGCAAGCACCGGCUGCCGGACGGCCUGCGGGAGCAGACGAUGGCACACCUACAGCUCCGGUUCAAGACGAUGGAGUUGCAGCAGGAAGAGGUGAUCGCGGACCUGCCCAAGGCGAUCAGAUCCACCAUCGCCCAGCACCUCUUCCGGCGCACCGUGGAAGCCACGUACCUCUUCAAAGGAGUCUCACCGGAGUUCAUAGUGCAGCUGGUUUCAGAGAUGAAAGCAGAGUACUUCCCUCCCAAAGUGGACAUCAUCAUAGAGAACGAGAUCCCCACGGACCUGUACAUCAUCGUCUCUGGCGCGGUGGAUGUCUUGACAUCUAAGAAUGGAGCAGAAAAGUUUCUGUCAACAGUAGGUCCUGCAGAUCUGGUUGGAGAAAUUGGGGUAAUCUUCAACAUCCCACAGCCCUUUACGGUGCGAAGCAAGAGGCUUUCACAGGUCGUUCGAAUCAGUCAUCGACAUUUUAUGCAGAUUGUGCAGCCAUAUAACGCAGAUGGGAAGAGAGUCUUAUCCAACUUCAUGCAGUUCCUCAAGGAGCUCAGCACAGAUUUGAUUGAAGAGGUAGCCUUUGUGCCAGAGUUGCUGAAGCAAAUGAAUGAGGAAGGAAUCUCAGAGGAACUACAGGAUCUUGAAGCAUCAAUGUCAAAUGACCAGGAAACUGCUGCACAAGAGCCACUAACAGCAGCUUAUAGCUCAUCUUCUUGUGAUUUAGACAAGAGAGUGACAAUUCAUGGACAUCAUCCUGAAGAAACUAGCAAAAUAGGAAGGCAUGCUGCAGGAAAACUCAUUUUUCUACCUGAUUCAAUGGAAGAACUACUGAAAUUGGCAGAAGUAUGAGAGGUGAGUAGUAAAAGAAUCAAAAGUGCUUGGUCUCAGCUGGUGGAUCCAUUCCAGGUUCAUGACAAGGGAAGGUUACUGAGUUCUCAACUAAUUAAAGCUAUCAGAAGUGAUACUUGCCGAAAAGUUUGAGUCUAUUUCAAUCAUUAAAGUUACCAUUUUGUUGUUAUUGUUAUUGUUGAAUCAUAAAUGUUAGUAUCACAAAGAACAUUCUAUCAGUCUGUAAAAUAUAUGCAUGUCAAUUUUUUUCUCUUCAUAU